AUGGAUGACCUCAUGACAGGAAAUGAAAAUAUUGAGAAGACAAAGAACAUGUGUAAAGAAAUAAUAGAGAUAUUAGCUAAAGGAGGGUUUCAAAUGCAGAAAUGGUCUAGUAAUUCAGAAGAAGUAUUGAACUAUUUACAAAGAAAUGAUAUUGAUACAAGGGACAAGAUAAAUAUAAAGUUAGAUGAUGUAAUAAGAAUUGUCGGAUUAACAUGGGAUAGAAAAGAUGAUGCAUUCAAGGUAUCAGUCAACUUACCAGAAAUGAAGCUUCCUGUAACAAAGAGGACAAUUCUAUCUGAUGUGGCUCGACUUUUUGAUCUUUUUGGGUGGCUUUCGCCUGUAAUUGUUACUGCGAAGAUUUUAAUACAAAGAUUAUGGUUAUGUAGCCUAGGAUGGGACGAUCAACUAACUCCGGAUUUACGCGAAGAGUGGAUAAGAUACAGAGAACAACUUACACAUUUGCAAAACCUCAAGAUACCACGCUGGUUAAAAACUACACUUGAUAAUGACAAAGUUGAAUUGCACGGUUUUGCAGAUGCAUCUGCUCAAGCUUACGCUGCUGUAACAUAUCUGAGAGUUUUUCAUGAUGACAAAAUACAUGUAACUAUACUUGCAUCACGAACCAAGGUUGCACCAUUGAAGCAAAUAUCAGUACCAAGAUUGGAACUUUGCGCUGCAGCCCUACUAGCGGAGCUGAUUGAAGAUCUUGUGGAGGUGCUAAAGAUACCUAAAAAUAGAAUAUUCGCCUGGACGGAUUCAAUGGUUGUACUUUCAUGGUUACAAUGUCAACCGAUUCACUUGAAGACUUUUGUUGCAAAUCGGGUUGGAGGUAUAACACGAGUCUUGGAUAAUGAAUGUUGGAGACACGUCAAAUCUGCCGAGAAUCCUGCAGAUAUUGCAACCAGAGGCAUUGACGCAUGUGAUCUAGUAGAUUCUGAGAUUUGGUGGAUGGGACCGGUUUGGUUACAACAAACAAACCUUCAACUUGAGAGAUGUGAUGUUCCAAAAAUAGAUUUAGAAAUGAAGAAGCUAAAAUGUAAUGUUAUUAUAGAAGAAAAGCCAAUUUGGGAGAGAUUUUCCACUAUGUCAAGAAUGAAACGGGUACUCGCAUAUUGUAGAAGAUUUCGUAAGAAACGGACAACACAAACACAUCAUUAUUUAACAUCACAUGAAAUGGAAUACAUAUUAGAAGAAUGCAUAAGAUAUUAUCAAAACUUAGUUUAUGAAAAGGAUAUAGAAUCGCUAAAGAAAGAAGGAAGAGUGAAGAAACGAAGUACACUUAUAACACUAGCUCCAUUCAUAUUUCAUAGACGAAAGAGGAAUUUUGAGGGUAGGGGGCCGGUUGCAGAAUGCAUCACUGUCAGAUACAACUAA